UGUGAUACUAACUGAAACUGACCAGUGUUCAUAGUAGCCAUUUUAUUUGUCUCAUUUUUUUUUUGUUUCGUUAUCUGGAAAAUUUGGUUGUUAGGUUACACUAAGAACAUGUGUUAGUGCCUACUGAUACAAAUAUGUAUCGGUUGAAACGGAUAACCAUGAACGGGGGUACUUCGCGGAAAUUCUCAAUCCACUAGGACAAGAUGGAGAAAUAAUUAUGUCAUUUCCUUGUCUCACCGUCGGAGCCUUAAGGGAAAAGAGAAUAAUAUGAGAAGUCAACUGGGAUCUGGUGAGGCAUUUGCUUUUCUUGCAGCCCAAAUUGUAAGCAUCCUUAUAAGUCAAUUAAAAAUUAAUGUUCAUGGAUUUUUAAGUAGAAUCGCCUUAUUUAUUCUUCUCAUCUCUUCUUUGUUUUACCACUUCUCUUUCAUUUCUGUUUUACCGGUACCGUUCUUAUUUAUUCUGUACUGUUCAAGAAGUUUUAAUUUUUACUGACUGAAACAGAAAUCUUUUUCUUGUUUAGUUAUACUGUUUCUAGUCUUAUUCUUUGGUUUUGGUUAUUUUGGCAGGACGAGAAGUUGAUUAGUGCUUCAAACUUUUGUAAAAGUAUUCUCAUCUUACUGAGUUUUCCUUCAAUUCAAGUUUUUCUCAUCAGGUUCAGAGACCGAUUAGAAGCCAAGAAAUGGAAGUCGUAGAAGAAAAUUUAAAGUUCGUACCAUUAAUAGAUCGAAGUCAUGGAACUGAAGGUGAAUGUAUAUGCUUAGAUGAGAAUGCUAAUCAAGAACCAGGAGUGGACGAGCCUAUAGAAUUUAGCUCCAUUGAUUUAUGCCCUAAACCGAAACCUGUUCGUUCUUUUUAUUUCGUGAAGUGUGAACUAGACGAAAGCCCAGAGCUGCAAUCCCAAGUUAAUCAGGCUCAGAAGGAGAUGCAGCAGAGCAGUCAAGCAUGGCUUCAACUUAUUAAAGCCAUUAAGACGGAAGAGGCAGCUAAACGCCAGCUGAUGGCAUUGUUGGAUCUUCUAAAUGUUCGAGAGGAGGUUUUAAUGGAGAUGGAGCAUGAGAAGAGGUUCGUAGCUUGCAUUACCGGAUGCAACAUGGGAAGAGAACAUUGGUUGAGGUGAAGCAGCUUCGUAAGGAAAUUAAACAACUUGAAGAAACUAGAGAGAAGGUUCGAGCUAAUGACAUUGAAAUGAAUCGUGAUUUUUGUCAGCAGAGGGAUGCAAUUUAUCAAACCUUUAAAUUUGGGCUAGUUGGGCGUUUUCGGUACCAGUACAUGGGUUUGGAUUUGGACACAAUUAGAAAGAAAAAGCAAUUACUUAGUCGGAGAAUUGAGUAUGCGAGAAAACUAGAGAGAUCUAUUGAUGAUGAGAUUGAUACAUUGCGAGCACAAGUGGCUCAAAGUGAGAUGAAGAAAAUUGCAGCAUAUGAACGCUUGCUUGAGCUGAAAAGAUUACGUGACAACAGGAAUGCCAAGUAUUACAAAUUCGAUAGACUACUGAAUAAUGCAAGAGCUCUGGCUACAAGUAACGAUGUAGCAGCCUUGGAAAAACUAUCCAGUUCUCAGGUUGAGAAGUUCAUGUCCUUGUGGAACAGAAAUAAAAGUUUUAGGGAUGAAUAUGUGCAAAGAAUUUUACCAUCCCAUGACCGGCCUUUGGGUAGGGAUGUACAGAUGAAAAAUCCUAAUUUCACCUUUUCCAUUUUGGAGGGAAAGAACCAAGAAAGUGAGACUAAUAACGCGAAGUUUAUGAAGGUGAUAAGAAGAGAAAACGAGCUUUUCCAAGCUAAGUUACACUUACAAAUGAAUAAGCAGUUUGUAGAUAAAUCAUCAAGAAAGAAGAUUUCAUGGUAUCAAAAUGUCGCUGAAGAGAAGCUACGGGAAUAUGAGAAGAAUUUGGAGAAGAAGAAUAAGAAAAGAGGAGAUCGAGUCCAUCGCAGUGUUUGUUUAACUAGAAAGUAACAAUUUAAGAAUUAUGACGGGGUCGAGGCUCCAUUCAUGUAAAUUUGGAGAACCAGAAGGAAGAAACUAUUUAAAGUUCUUGAUUCUCAAACUGCUGCUCUUAGUGAUGAAAUCGUUAAGAAGGUUGUUCUUCCAGUCUAAGUUACAUUCUAUCUCUCAAUUUCCAAUUAGUAUAUUAUUGAUUAAUGUCUGUAUUUCCAAUUAGUAUAUUAUUGGCAUCUGGGUCUCUGUAACAAUGGAUUACUUCUUUUGAAUUUCUUGGUUAUAUAUCAAUAUCUGAAUCUGGAGUAUGUUUUUUGCUUCUUCUGUUUA